GUCUCUACCAUCAACACACGUGUGGAAGACAAGAUGGAAGAGGAAGACAAGGUAGCCACAGGCAUAGAGGGAUGGGGGGAGGAAGAGGACCCUGGCGGAAGCAGCAGCUCAGACGGUGAACAAGUGAGCCACAUGAGGAAAAACAAAAAGAAAAAAGGAUCGGGAGGAUUUCAGGUGAUGGGCCUAAGUUCACCUGUCUUUAGAGGAAUCAUGAAAAGAGGCUACAAGAUCCCAACUCCCAUCCAGCGUAAGACAUUGCCAGCAAUCCUAGAAGGUAAGGAUGUCGUUGCUAUGGCCCGAACUGGAAGCGGAAAGACUGCUUGUUUCCUGAUCCCCAUGUUUGAGAAGCUGCUGAAGAGUAACCACAGUGUGCUGACAGGGCCAAGGGCACUCAUCCUCUCCCCAACGCGAGAACUGGCACUGCAGACUCUCAAAUUCACAAAGGAGCUAGGCUUUUUCACACGUCUCAAAGCCAUCGUGGUUGUUGGAGGAUACAACAUGGACUCCCAGUUUGCUGCCAUGCACGACAAGCCUGAUAUCAUUAUUGCCACUCCCGGAAGAUUGGUCCAUCUUUGUGUCGAGAUGAGCUUGAAGCUGGAGACCAUAGAGUAUGUGGUUUUUGAUGAGGCUGACAGACUCUAUGAGAUGGGCUUUGCGGAGCAGAUCAAUGACAUUAUUAGCCGUCUCCCUGAAGUUCGCCAGACACUCCUCUUCUCAGCUACGCUCCCCAGGCUUCUGAUCAACUUCGCAAGGGCUGGUCUGAAUAAUCCUGUGCUGAUUCGAUUGGAUGUGGAACACAUACUCUCAGAAAACCUGAAACUAGCUUUCUUCAAAUGCAAUUCAGAAGACCGGCUUCCCCUGUUGUUCCAUCUCCUUCAGAAUGUCAUAAACAGCAGGGAGCAGUCUGUCAUUUUUGUGGCCACCAGCCAUCACGUUGAAUACCUCCAAUCGGUCCUGGAUUUGGCUGGCUUCUCUGUCACCUAUUGUUACUCCUCCCUGGACCCGGCAGCAAGAAAGAUCAACAUCGCUAAGUUCCAAACAAAACAGAUGACCUUCGCGUAG